AUGAAUUCAGAAAAAGAAAAAGAUAAUUUUUGUGUUCGUUUUACCAGUAAAAAUUAUCUGGCUUGGGAAUUUCAGUUUCGAAUGUAUGUCAAAGGGAAGGGAUUAUGGAAUCACUUGGAUGAUAUCUCUAUGACACCAUUAGAGAUAACUGAUUUAGAUGCUUGGGAAACCAAAGAUGCUCAAAUUAUCACUUGGAUUCUCGGUACUAUUGAUCCUCAGAUGAUUAAUAAUUUGCGAUCUUUUUCCACUGCUCAAGAAAUGUGGAACUAUUUAAAGCGUAUUUACGAUCAGGACAAUGCGGCCAAACGUUUCCAGUUGGAGCUCGAGAUAGCCAAUUACAAAUAA